CGAGGUUGAGUGCCUCAGAGAUAUGGCCUUCACGCCAGUAAAGCAACUUGUCACGCUACCUUUGGCUCUUCAUGUAAAUCGUCAUCACAAUGAAUAUCCUCCAUUUCAUUCCAUAGUCGACCAUAUUUUUCUUCAUUUCAUGAAAUUGUACAUGCAGACCUCUUAUCUCCCGUCUCUGUUCAUAACAAGGGAUCCGCCAAGCAUGCGCGUCGAAUAACCGUGCACUGGCCCACUCCUCUCCGCUAUUGCUAGGCUGACAUCACCGAGCUCACCGCAUUGGCAGGGACAAGUCGACGCCAGCUCAAUGGAGCCUGACCUCGGUGCUUAAUCUAUAUUCCUAGGUCAUAUCGCUCUAUUCGCCGCUGUUUGAAGAGUCCCUUGUUACGCCCUGGGCCCAACAUGCAGCUGUCUCGGAUUCCAUCAUGAACCGACUCCCAUCCUUCCUGCGGCCCGCUCGGUCAGGCCCUCGAUACUCUGUUCGGCCGUUCUACGCAUCGCUUCUAGUAAUUACGACCCUCGCGGUGGCUAGCUGGACUCUAGGGGGAUAUGGGAAUGGCCAAGCACAUGAGCGCACAGCAUCGGGUGUACUUCUACGGCGGGCCGACGAACCAGAGUGCCGUCUAGUUCGCAAUGUCAAAGACCAAUGUGCGUAUGUGCGUGAGAACUGUCCCGACCAUCAGGAUGGCCUCCUUUCCUAUCUACAACUCUACUAUUGCGCUUUACCCGAUGCCAAACCAUUGGCGUUCAUCAUCAUAAUUCUCUGGCUGUCGCUGCUUUUCAGUACGAUUGGCAUCGCAGCCAGCGACUUCCUGUGUAUCGACUUAAGUACGUUAGCGAGCAUCCUGGGGCUAAGCGAAAGCCUUACGGGCGUAACCUUCCUUGCAUUCGGAAAUGGCAGUCCCGAUGUCUUCUCUACUUUCGCCGCCAUGCGAUCGAAUAGUGGGAGCCUGGCGAUUGGAGAAUUGAUCGGGGCCGCAACUUUCAUCACCUCUGUGGUUGCAGGCUCUAUGGCUUUGGUCCGACCGUUCAAGGUCGCGCGACGGAGCUUUGUCCGUGAUGUUGGGUUCUUCGUGAUCGCAGUCAGCUUUAGCAUGGUCUUGGUUGCCGAUGGUCGCCUCCAAGCUUGGGAGUCAGCUGCGAUGGUUGCAUUGUAUGCCUUCUACGUGGUGCUUGUUGUUAGCUGGCACUGGUAUCUGGUUCGGCGCCGCCGGAAGUACGAACGAGAUCUAGCAGCCCGAACUCACUUCCACAUACCCGACAACCAAGAACUGGAGAUCGAUGAGCCGGUAGAAGAUGACGACCCAGGCGUGGCUUCGGAGUCUCGCAGUCUUCUCCGGGGAGCGUCAACAGACGACUUUGACCUUCUGGAAAGGGCAGGUGGCAUUCCCAGUUGGAAGGAAGAAGAAGAUGAAGAUGACGAGACCCGGAAUCGGUAUCUAGCAGAGAUCCGUGACAACAUGCAUGUCUACCGGCCUGCAGCCCUAUCAAGGCGAAACACCAUCAAUCCAAUUCGCCCCAGUUUGGUUGGUGCACUUGAAUUCCAAUCAGUGCUUCAAUCACUUCAGAAGUCGAGAACUAGCACGCGUAAUCCCACAAUCAGCUUGAGCAGUUACUCUGACGAUGGAGACGAUUCAUCUCAACCUUUCGACACGCGUUCUAUAGCAUCGCAUCCUCGUGCUACCAGACCAACUACUGUCAACGACCGCCUGUCACCACUAAGUGCAGAAGGGUCACGGAUCCGAGCUGUCUCGGCGAAUGGUGCCGAUGGUCUGAAGAUUGACACGAGUGUUUUUGAUCGACAAAAUCAAACUCCUCGGCUGACCGUGAGGCGUCCCUCCGAUGAACACGCUGAUGGCCCGAGGGGGAUGCAGGCUCCUCAGCUUCCUCGAAUCGAUACCACUGUGUUGUUAACUACCUCUCCAUCAUCUUCAGAGCAUCUAUCGCCAAAUACAAGCCCUACAAUCAGCCCCGCUGUCCCUCGAACAACAGACCUGCUCGCUGCCCCCGGGGCUUUCAGCUCGCCAAACUAUCAGACCUCGACAACGCAUGAACGCUCGCCGCUCCCAGUAUCACCGCGAGGAGGCAGCGGAAGCUACCAAUCUGGAGUUGAUCCAGAAAGCCCAGCUGUACCCUUUCCCGCAUUCGUCGACAUGCCUUCUGCUUCAUCAGCCCGAGCGCCUAGUAUCCGUUUACCGAACCCAUUGGCGAGCCCCUCGGAGCAACUCAUGAUCCAUGACGGCCUUUAUGACACUGUCAAUGACAAUAUAUCCUCGAAAGGCCCUUUGGCGAAGUGGUGGCCGAGCUCAGUUCUUCCUCCCGCUGCGCAAAUCGGCUGUACGCUUUUUCCAACUUUGGCUGGGUGGAAAUCCAAAAACAUAGCGGAGCGCCUGCUGGGAAUAAUCGCUGCACCAAGUGUAUUCCUCCUUACAAUCACCGUUCCAGUCAUUGAGCCUCAAGUUUCCGAGUCCGAUGAGCGAGGCCUGGUUCCUGCCGUUAUUAUCGAACAAGUUGGCGAUAACGGUAACCCAGCGCCUCGAGUAACACUACCGGCAGAUAGUCCAACCCUUUACCCCAAUGGGCAUGAACACAUUGAGUUUUUCCCUGAUGGCCUUACCGCGUCCUCGCAUCCCCGUCACAAAUCCACACAUCACGAAGCUGCGCCUCGUCCUCGUUGGGAUUCCGAGUUGCCGGCCGUGCCGCAUCCAGCUCCAGAUAUGACUUGUGUGGAAGUCAAGGACUGGAAUCGCUGGCUCAUUUCGAUCCAGCUUUUUACAGGGCCUUUUUUCGUCACUCUCAUCGCCUGGAGUACCAUAGAUGAAGCUUUGGAUGCGAAGAAUCUAAUCCUGCCUUCGUUGGUAUCCCUUCUCUUCUCGUUUUUGUGUCUCAGCGUCUUGAUUACAUCUACCCGUCGUCGUCAGCCAUGGCACAGUCAAAGCCAUGUCGACCAGUCAUACUUCCAUCGGCAUGAAUCGCCUGAACUCUGCAAACCCCAGGCUCUUCCAUCUGCGUGGCGGCCCUUCCUGUCCCUCCUCGGAUUCUUGGUCGCAAUUUCUUGGAUUGCAACCAUCGCGACUGAGGUUGUCUCCGUGCUCAAAACUAUUGGCGUGAUUUUGAACAUUUCCGACUCGCUAUUGGGAUUGACCAUCUUCGCCGUCGGUAACUCACUCGGCGAUUUAGUCGCGGACAUCACCGUCGCCCGACUUGGGUACCCCGUGAUGGCAUUGAGCGCCUGUUUCGGCGGACCCAUGCUCAACAUCCUCUUAGGUAUCGGUCUCGGAGGUCUAUACAUGACUCUCAGCCCGGGUAAAUCAUCUCCUAAGCACGACGAGAUGUUCACUCGGGUCCCUUAUGAAAUCACUAUCUCCAAGGUGCUGGUCAUCAGUGGUGCGACCCUUUUAUUUGUUCUUGUCGGUCUUUUGAUUGUUGUUCCUUUGAACAAUUGGCGCAUGGAUCGUAGAAUCGGAUGGGGGUUGAUUGCAGUUUGGUGUGUGAGCACCUUGGGGAAUGUCAUUGCCGAGGUCGCAUCAUGAUUUAUUUGAAUCUAUAUCGCGUCGGAUGCGAUAUGAAUUGUUUUUUUUGGCGCAGUAGGGGGCGUUACUAAGGGUUGUGUCGGGUACAUGUUAUGGCCGUUCUAUUCCUCGGACUGCGUUGGAUUUUUGGUUUAAGCACCCUGUUCUCACGCCUUGUGCAGCUUUUACAGAAGUUUGAUCUCAGCCUCAUAUUUUGGAUGCAUGGCAAUAUGUACAUGAAUUGCAUGAGUAACGAUUUUUACCUCAAUCUCGUGACAAAUUUUAGGUUCAGCCCAACUGAAAACCACUCCCGACGGAAGCGAAAUAUAGUACCGAUCCUAGUCAGUAUACUCUCACGGGCC